UAAAGGCUUAGUUACAGUGGCUACAUGGUGGGAAUCUGUAUGAAUAUUUUUAGUUUCAAAAAGGAGGGGUGAUCAACGUUUGGUUGCUGGAAGUGCCCGGUUGCUUGCGUCAGUACUCGAUGUGGGGGAAGCUAGUUGAGAGACGGAAAAAAAUAAAAAGGAAAGCACCUCCUAUCUCUGGUAUCAAGGGGUUUAAAUCAGAAAAAAGAGUGAGAGAGAGGGGAGAGAGAAAGAAAGAGAAACUGCAGUGAAGAGAGGACUACAUCAACACAACACCAAUACUGUACAAUGCUUUAGGUGGAUUCCUGCUCUUUAAAUUGAUCUUUUUGCCUAUAUAAAUCCUAAAUACAAGACAAGGAAAAGUAUUGUUAAAGCUCAGGUCUUAAUAAACGGAAGAAGGGAGAGAGCUGUAAACCCCCAGAAUCCGCAAUGCCAGAGCAGAGCAAUGACUACCGUGUGGUGGUGUUUGGGGCGGGUGGGGUAGGCAAGAGCUCGCUGGUCCUACGCUUUGUGAAGGGCACGUUCCGGGACACCUACAUCCCCACGGUGGAGGACACGUACCGGCAGGUGAUCAGCUGUGACAAGAGCGUCUGCACACUCCAGAUCACCGACACCACCGGCAGCCACCAGUUCCCAGCCAUGCAGCGCCUGUCCAUCUCCAAAGGCCACGCCUUCAUCCUGGUCUACUCCAUCACCAGCCGCCAGUCCCUGGAGGAGCUCAAGCCCAUCUACCAGCAGGUGCUGGCCAUAAAGGGCACCGUGGAGAACAUCCCCGUCAUGCUGGUGGGCAACAAGAGUGACGAGUCUCAGCGGGAGGUGGAAACCAAGGAGGGGGAAGCCCAGGCGGCGGCCUGGAAGUGCGCCUUCAUGGAGACCUCCGCCAAGAUGAACUACAACGUCAAGGAGCUCUUCCAGGAGCUGCUCAACCUGGAGAAGAAGAGGAACAUGAGCCUGAACAUCGACGGCAAGCGCUCCAGCAAGCAGAAACGCGCCGACAAGCUCAAGGGCAAGUGUAGCAUCAUGUAGGCCGGCCGCCAGGGGGACAGCGGGGGAGAGUGGAGGGGGCUGGGUUAGCGCUGGAGAGGCUAACCGGGAGCUGGGGGAAGAGGGGUAAAAAGGGGUGGGGGGAAGGGGGGGACCAUCUGGGAAGAUUUUCCACAUCCCGGCAGCAGCCGUCCUCCACCCUCCGUGCCCCCAGCACACCCACGCCCUCCUACACUGCUCCGACCCCAAAUCGGGAAUCGCCUAAGGCACGUUCAACACAUAGUUCAUAAUCAUGCAUUUCUGCAUUCAUAAGGAAGAGCUGACACAAUGAGCACGACUGAAGCAGCGAUGGGGAAAUAGCGUAGAGUGAAGGAGCUGUGUCGAUACAGUAUAAAUCAGACCACGCUGUCAUGGGAACACAGGGUGGAGAAGGACUGCUCCACAUCACGGUGUAAUUCUAAAACAGUUAAACAUUGCCUACACCAGCUCCCGCAACACUCCACAUACAGUAUAUUUGCCUUUUUCCUCACACUGUCUCGGUUUCAUUUAAAUUGUGCUUCUUGGCUCCCAGAAGGCUGUGGUCAUAGCUUAGCGACGACAGGAGAUGAUGAAUUGCUGGUGAAUAAAGCAAGGCUAAGGGAAAUUCCCAUUACCGAUGGGACCCUGCUUUGCACACUGCCACAGUCUGAGUACAUUUCCUCUGCUCAGUUCUUUGAGAGGCUGAAUUGACUGAACAGCCAGCAAAUGCAGCAUGAUCCAAUUGCAUAAAAACUGUCCCUGGAAGAUGUAAAGCAAUACGAUUGAACAGCACACAUCCGGGCAGUACAUCUGUCAAAUGUUUGUGAGGGAAGUACCUAUCAUUAGUUUGAUUGACGAGUUUUAUGACAGAACAGGACAAUCAGAGGUCAGGCAGCAUUUGUGAGGAGAACCAGAGGAAAAGUCACCUGCUUUAUAUUUUUUUCAUAAUUUUAAAAAACAGUUGAUUUCUCAGCCAAUGUGCAGCACAGAGGAAAAGCAGAAAGGCAAGUCUGAAACAGGAGCACAUUUACUUCUUUCGAAUCUCUAGAACUCCAAACGUGUUUUGUUGAGAAACUGCUUUUUUCAGUGUGGUUGCUCCUUCCAGGAUAAUUUCUCGCUUGUGUUUAUCAGUGAUGAUCAAAGCAUGUGUUUUCUAAAAGAACCCCUGCCUACUGUAAUUUGUCAUUUGUAACUGCUAUCUGCAAUUACUACAAAUGUAAAGCCAAUAGGAAUAUUUAAUUAAAUGAAUAAUUAAUUAAAUAAUAAUAAGUAAUAAUAUUAUGCUGUCACCACAAGCAAGUACAGGAUCAACCUGCUUGGAUUCAUAGUGUAUGUACUAACCCCAACACACACACACACACACACACACACACUCACGCACACACACAGGAGAAAUGUUCAGAUGGUCAAAUUUUGAGAUGAUCAGAAAGUGAAUCAAAGACAAUGGGUACAAUCCUGCAGAAGGUGGUUCAUGGUUCAUAUAUAUAUAAUUCAAGGAUAGCAGGCACCAAGGACACACAAAACCUACUGACAAAAGGCAUGAGGGAAUGUGACUAAAAAGGAAUUAAGGAUUGCAGUAUAAUUGUUUCAAUGUGUCAUUCUGUUCACAAUAAGAGGCACAGAGCGUUUGGUAUUAACAGAAUUUUGUCAUUAAUGUAUAUUAAAAGACAGAGGAAGCAAAGAAAAAAGAACAUGCUGGAUAAGACCAUGGUGCAGAGUUUUUAAAUGCUGUACUCCAGUUUACUCCUGCAUGGUUCUGUUGUACUGCACAUAAUGCAAGCACAGGGAACAGAGGACAUUGUGUUGGUUGGUUAGUUGGAUGCAGAAGCACAAGUGUGAAUUUUGCAGACUAAACUGGCAGCAGAUUAGGACUUUAGCUAAGUGAAAUGAAAGGGACAGGGAGAGCAGCGGCUUUGCCCCCAUCUCAGAGGCACAAACUGAUGUACGAAAAGCCUGACUGCGUGGCAGAAAUGUAGUGCACUGCAACAUCCAGAAGCGGGCAGUGGGCGGGGCCCAUGGCUGAUGCACUGGCGCCUGCUGAUGGCACCGUCGGGCGCAAAGAAAUGGCGUAGUUAGUUCUUAUCAUCUUGCCUCUACAUUCAGGUGUUCCAGCUAAGGCUCACAGACAGGAAACAAAAUCAACCCUGGUAUAAUCACGGGUGAAGAGAGGAAGUAUACAGGAAAAGACUUUGAUGAGAUUAAAUAAUACAUUUAAUCUAACGCAGCCAAAGAAAUGCUGUUUUUUAAAAGCACAAAUUUGAUUAGUAAUGUUUCCUAGAGUCUCCAUAAAUAGGAUCAUUACAAAAGUGGACACUUCACCGCCUUUGACUAGGAUUAAGUCCAUAAUGGUUUUAGGCUAUAAUAGCUAUUCAUCUGAGAAUGCACAAAGGAAAGGCCAGGGUUGGUGUAGAUAAAUUCAUAGGGACAAAAUUUCAUUAGAGGGCUAUUUUUUAAACUCUUAAAAACUGUCAGGACUAAAAAGUCAAAAAAAAAAAAAGCAUGAGUUACGGUGAUACAACAAUUUACCCUAGUAAAAAUCUCAAAAUGAACUGUUUUAACAUUUUUUUGUAAAUAAUUCCGGUCUACCAUUCAAGGGAUAUUUCAGAUAGACGGGAUGGAAAGUAAGAAGGCUUACAGUCAUGCAAAUAUCCCUGGAGUGCAAUGCUCAAGGUUUGUAGUCUAGAUUGUGGAAGUCUUGAUUUGGUUUGCUUUUCGAUUCACUUCUUUGCCCGGAAUGGGAAACAGCAGUCCUAUUGCUUGAGCUGUUUCCCUCAUUUUCUCUAUAAAUAUCAAUUGCCAGCCGACGAAGAAUGAAGAAUAGCAGUGGUGUGACCUCAGCAAUGGACAGAGCAGGGAAAUCUGAAAACUCGGCAGGCCCAGAGGGUGCAAGGUGCAAUCACCUGACCUAUUAUUGCCAUGCGAUAAAUAUAAUGGGGAGCAGCUGCAACAGUACCAUUUCUAGAGCGUACAAAAUUGCUACUGUAUCAAAAAAUGUCCAGCUAGAACUUCAUUGGUUUAGUCUUCAACUGUACCAUUUUCAUUCAAAGAGGGUAGUGUGUGAGUGUAGUAUGCAUUUAAAUAAAUACUUCCCCCAUGGUGACUGGGUCAUGCUUGAAACCAUUUAGAGACGUUCUCCAGCGUGAACCUUAAUACGCAGUUUUUGAAAAAACAAACUGUGAAAUUGGCAUGAUCCAAGCACUGAAUCACCCUCCACUUGUGUAUGAGUCAUGUCAUACUUCCCACUGAAAAGAGGCACGCUGUGCCUCUGACAAAGACAGAUUGAAACAGCAGGUCUCGCUAAAUAUGAAGCAUAACGUUGAACUGACGUCAUAUGGGCCAUGUUUGCCUUCGCGCUUGUAUGCUAAUCCCAUUCAUUCUGCUACGCACUUUCAAAAGGAAGCAAACAAGCUCUUAAUUUUCAAGCUGUCUUUACUCCAGUUUUUACUGUUGAUUUUUCUAACUCAGCCGAGGCAGAAACUGCAGGAGACACGUUCACACAGAACCAUACGAAUUGAGGGCUGAGGAAGCAAUGACGUGAAAUAGAAUGGAGUGGUAAUGGAGGGAGAUCCUGAAAAUGAAUGAAAAGGUUAAAAGAAUUCAGUCUAUGUUUUUCACUCAGGUCGACAAGAUUAAUGAAACAUGGGAAAAUGAACCGUUGCUUGCCCAGAUAAGAUAUAAUAUGAUGCAUUGCAGUGUCACAGAGACAAGGCAAUGCAUGUCCUUGUGGUUGUCAUAGCCCUCAAACUCUUCAUGCAAUUUCAUUUUUGUAAUACUGAUUUCUGUUUGAUGCCUUUGAUGUUCAGCUUUGCCAGACGUACAAUUCCUUAAUUUUCAUGUAUGAUAUCUGUUGUAAAUAUGGGCAACUGUACUAUCCGUAGAGUACUUGUGGUGGGCAGCAGUGGCACAAUGCUGGAUGUUUAAGCGAAUUAAUGACAUUUGAAAGUGUAAGUCAUCCAAGAGAAAAGUGUUUGAUGACGUUUUGUUCUUGCCUGAGGACUGUGAGGAGCGUGACACCAUUGCCUUGAUUCACAGUGGGUUUUCCUCACGUAACAGGCCGCUAUGCUGAAGUAAAGGUAUCAUUGAUUCGCUUAUGGGCGGUGACUUCAAGGCUUCAUGAAACAGGAGCGUUAACACAGAGGUAGAAUGGACGUGCCGAGCCGUGGGUGAUGUCCACGGACCUAUGGGACACAGAUCAGCAUAGUCACUACUGGUGCCCAUCACAUUGCGAGCCUGCAUGAAGGCAAGGACAAAAACUGUGAAGCAUCUUCUCUCUUUUUUAUCCCUGUAAAUGUGUAUGUAUAUGUAAUGUAUAUUUAUCUUACAUUAUUUUCAUCAGAGGUUUUUUGUUGUUAUUUGUCUUAAACCUCUCUUAAAUCCCUUCGCAAAUGUAUAUUUUUAAAAUAGUAUUUUUUUUAAUUUGUAUUAUUUUCAGAGCUUUUAUUUUUAUUUUGUUUAUUUAUUCAUUUUGCUUCAAUUUUUUUGUUGAUCAAGAGAUUUAGCUUUUAGCAAUAGUCUUCCUCUUAAAAAUAUGCUGUGCCCCUAGCAUCCCAUGACAAACGAAAAUACAUAGUAAUAAAUAUUAUAAUUAAGACAAGUCUGUACAAAAAUGAAUGACUUUUUAAUAAAUAAAACCCAAAAUAUGGAGCAAGAAAAAUA